GAACCGGAAAAUCAAACAGAGUUUACCGAGUUGACUUUGCUUGACUCAGGGAAGGGUGUUCCUGUCCUGGCGACUAAAUCCACUUUCAUCCGUUCAUAAUCAUCCUUCUCCUCUUCUUGGUUGCGCUUGAAGGACAAAAGACCCCUUCGGUUACGCCGCUGGAUAUGUCUGCAAUCGCAAUCUUUACUCCUUCAGGUCCAAAUAACCUCUUUAAAAAGCGCAGAAACCCACUCUUCUUCUUCGACGACCGCUUCCUUCUCGGUUCCAGAUGCUCGUCGGCUCUUAGCCAUGUCUUCCUCAGAUUCCCACGCCGGACCCACAAGCAGAGGCCUUCAAUUUCGAUCUCUGCUCCGCGAUUCAAACCCUUUUGCCCUGUCAUGGAAUGGCAGGAUUGCACGGUUAAGAUGGAAAUGGACUUGCCUACUUCUGUUGCCUAUAAUUGUUAUUCUAAUCGUGAAGCCAUUCCCCGCUGGAUGCCUUUCAUUUCAUCCGUAAAGAUUUUGGAAGACAAACCUGACUUGUCACGAUGGUCACUAAAGUAUAAAGCAUUUGGCCGUGAUAUUGAAUACUCUUGGCUUGCUCGAAAUAUGCAGCCCAUCCCAAAUCAGAAAAUCCACUGGAGAUCUCUUGAAGGUCUUCCUAACAGAAUGUUGAACUUCUUUCUGAUGUGGCAGAGGAGCUGUACGAUUUUUCCCAAAAGGCCCUUCAUCAUGUGUAGUAGAGCUGACUGUUUCAUAUGAAGUUCCUCAACUUUUGGUUCCAGUGGCAUCAGCAUUGCAACCUUUUCUUGAGAACUUACUCGUACGUGGCCUCGAAAGGUUUGCAAAGUUCGCAAAAGGCUACUCCACGGACUGAACAAGGUAAAAUGCAAAGAUCAUUCAUUUGAAGCAAAGGGCGAGUGCGUAUCCUGAACCCAUAACACCAUCCCUCAUUUGUAUGUUGUAAAAUCAUAUAUAUUGCUUCUGUUUACUGUGCUCUCUGGGCGUUUCCAUUUGUGAAGAGCUUGGCAUUUUCUAUUUGGACUGAGAGACAGCCCAGAGAUCAAAGCUAAUAAAAAAUCAUCAAAUUGAGGAUUAGAA